AUGACACCAUUUUUUGUGAAAACUCGUGCGUAUAACAAGGCAAAGGAACUUUUAGAGGCUAAGAGGUACAUCAUUAUCAAGGGAAACCCUGGAACUGGAAAAACAACAAUAGCCAAGAUGUUAAUGAAAGAAUUGAUGGAGGAAGGCAAAUCAGCUCUUCAACUUCAAAAAUUCACAGAUCUGUAUGAAAGCGUAUCACCAGGUGAUGAUAAAACAUAUGCUUUACAAGAGGCAGAAAUCCUCCAGUUAGCUGAUAAAUAUGAUUUAAAAAAUACCAUAGAAAAGCAGGAUCUUCUCCGCAAGGUUCACGAAAUGCCUAUAUGGAUAGGAUUUCCGCAAUGUUGUAAAUUAGCCAAAAGCAAUGCUGUUAUAAAACAAAAAAUAUCUGACUUUUUACUAGAUCCUAAGAUGUUUUUGAGAGAAUAUUUCAAAAUUCUUAUAAAAACCCAAACUUCAAAAUCAGCUGUUCUCGCCUAUCUUCUUCUAAGUGGUGGGAGAGUGGAAUUCGAAUUGAUUGACAAUGCUCACAAGGACUUGGAGUUAAAACGUACCUCAUUGGAAUUUACAUUAACAACAUGCAAAAAGUCAAACGACACACAUGUUCUCAUCGAACAAAAUUCAUUUGAUGCUGUUGCCAUUCGCAUUGCAAAAAUAAGUGCAGAGAGAUUAUUGGAGAUAAGGGACAAUAAUGGAUGGACAGUGUUACAUUCAGCUUGCAGUGGAGGAAGUGUAGAAAUUGUGUCUUUUCUUAUAGAAAAAGGAAUGGACAUAAAUACCUUGUCAAAUGAUGAUGGACAUCAGGACCCUGUACAGGGAGGUGGUGAAACAAUUUUACAUCAAUGUUGUCGCUCAGGCAAAAUGGAAAUGUGUGAGUAUUUGGUCAAACAUUUCUCUAAUUUAUUGGAGAUGAGGGACAAUGACGGAUGGACAGCGUUACACUCAGCUUGCUUUGGAGGAAGUAAAGAAAUUGUUAAUUUUCUAUUAAAUAAAGGAUUAGACAUUAACGCUUUGUCAAAUGAUGGUAAAAGUAUUCUGCAUAUAGCUUGUUUCAGUGGGAAGUUUGAAGUUUGUAAAUACUUAGUUGAGAAUAAUCCCCAUCUAUUACAUGUCAGGGACAAAUCUAGUGAGACAGUGUUGCAUGAUGCAGCCUGGGGAGGCAAUGUUCAAAUAGUAGAAUUAUUAAUUGAGAAAAAGAUGGACGUGAAUUCCCGACAAGAGGUGGUGAAACAGUUUUACAUCAGUGCUGUCGUUCUGGUAAAAUAG